AUGUUACGACCGGCUGCCUCGCCCUGGAGAAAUAUCUCGCGCACCUCCGCCGCUGCCAUACGGCGGACGCCCUUUGCGGCGCGAUGCAUCAACAUAUCAGCCACCAGCUCGUCAAAUGAGCCCGCGCUGCAGCAGGCAGUCAGUGUUGAGGGCACCGCGACGCCCAUGCACACACCAGACGCCCGAUUCGAAGUCAUUGGCACCCCGUUCUCCCUCCUCUCCGUCUCCCUCUCCGCCUCACAGACGCUCUACACCCGCCGCGGCACACUCGUCGGCCUCAGCGGAAAGUCGGAAAACACGCUAUCAACCCUCUCCUUCCUCGAGCCCCUCCAGAGGGCCCCCGUUGGCAUCCCCUUUCUCUACCAGAAAGUGUCUUCGACGAGCCCCGUCACAGCUCUCGUCUCCACAAAGGCACCCAUAUCGAGUAUCGUCUCGGUCAACAUGGACGGAAGGGAUGAUUGGAUUGUUAGCCAACGAAAUGCAUUGCUCGCCUGGACUGGCCACACUCUCAAGUUGAAGCCGCAGUACAAUGUAAAGUUGGGGCUGGCACACUGGGGAAACACAUAUAUUACUGGCAGGGGGUUACUUGCGCUUGCAGGAAGCGGGCAGAUAUACCAGGUCCAGGUCAAGGCUGGCGAAAGCUAUGUCGCGCAUCCCAGCAACGUCGUAGCGUACACAGCCUCCAACACCCCACCAAUCCCUUUCAGGUUCAAGUCGUCGAACCUCCGCUUCCAAGUGCCAGACCUUGGCUUCGGCUCAAUGGUCCAGAACACCAAGUUCUUCCGAACUAUGAGCAAGACAGGCACAUGGCGGGCUCUGGCAACCACAUAUUACACUCUCAAGACAUGGUUGCGGAGAACAGUCUGGGGCGACAGAUUAUUCCUCCGUUUCGAAGGCCCAACCACCAUGCUCAUACAGUCCCGCGCUUCCCGAAUCAGCGACGUCCUUACCCUGAGAAACGUCGAUGAAAUCGCGGACAGCCCACCAGGCGCGGUUGAGGACGCUGCCACACGAAAGAUCAAAGAGGAGAUCAAGUCAAUAGGAGAAGGCACAAAAGCACCGAUACCCAACACAGACGCAUCGGGCACAAUACGGUAUGCCACCGUGAAAGAUGGCAAGGCUGAGUUUGAGAAGCCCAAAGUAGAGGAGGUGAAGACACAGCCGAAUCAUUCGAGCAACGAUCAUGUCCUCGCCAAAGACGAAGACGCGCCGAACAUGACAGAAGUCGAGGCAAAAAUUGCUAUCUCAAAUACAGAAACAGCUGUUCCAUACACAGUCUUCACCAAGGCCGAGCGGCGCAUGAUUACAUGGUUGAUCGGAUGCAGCAUGUUCUUCUCACCAUUUACAGCCAACAUAUACUUUCCAUGUCUUGAAGAACUCCAACGCGCUGUGGGUGUCAAUGCCAGCCUGAUCAACCUUACCAUCACGACAUACCUCAUUGUUCAAGUAAUCGCACCAGCCUUCUGUGGAGACUUGGCCGACAAUCUCGGACGGCGACCUGUGUACCUCAUCACUUUCGCUAUAUACGUCUGCGCAAACCUGGGUCUCGCUCUUCAGCAGAACUAUGCUGCUCUGAUGGUCCUGCGUGGCGUCCAGAGUUUCGGCUGCUCCGCAACGGUAGCCAUCGGAUACGGAGUCAUUGCCGAUGUAGCGACGCCGGCUACUCGGGGAAGCAUGUUAGGGCCUGCAAUGAUUGCGACAAAUCUCGGUCCAAUCCUUUCAAUUAGUGCCGUCUACUACGCCGCUUACUACUGCAUCCAAGCAUCCAUCCCCGCCAUCUUCACGGAAAUCUACGGUCUCGAUGAGCUCCAGGUUGGUCUAUGCUACUUUUCAAUAGGGACUGGCGUUAUCCUUGGUGGUUACAUCAAUGGAAAACUAAUGGACUACAACUACCGCUCUAUAGCCAAGGCGAACAAUAUAACAGUCGACAAGGUUGCUGGCGACGAUCUAGCCAAAUUUCCCAUCGAGAAGGCACGGUCUCGGUUAUCGUGGCUUCUGAUCCCGACAUCGACUGCAGUCAUUGUGGGGUAUGGAUGGGUCUUGCGCGAAGAAAUUACGCACAACACCCUCAUUGUGGACAUUUCUCCGCAGAACACAAGCACUGCCGCUGCAGCAGGUAACAUCACACGAUGCGCUCUUUCAGCAGCAGCUGUUGCCGCAAUGCAGCCUCUUCUGGAAGUGAUGGGCAAGGGCUGGUUCUUCACGGCUCUCGCCGCAAUCUCUGGUAUACUCAGUGCCAUCGCAACAAUCUUCAUUCGACUCAGAGGUAUGGCGUGGCGCAAUGAACGGCAAGCACGUGAGCAAGACGGAUGUACGCAGGAGAUAACGCACAAAAUCGAGGGGAAGUGA